AUAUCCUUUCUUAUAUAUAUAACCUCACAACCACCAUUAAACCUACAAACUCCUGUCUGAUCUCUUGCCUCUCUUCUAGCUAGCCAUGAACAAUGUUUUUUUCUUCUUCGUUCUCGUCCUCGUCCUCUCAAUCACAAUACAAGCUGCCGCUUGGGCGCGCGAUGCCGAAACCGGGGAGGGCAACGACAAAGUCCAGGCCCUCAAGUACAAACUAAUCGCAAUAGCCUCCAUCCUCUUCGCGGGCGCCAUCGGGGUCUCUCUUCCCAUCCUAGGCAAAAUCUUCCCCGCUCUCUCACCGGAGAACGACUUCUUCUUCGUGGUCAAGGCGUUCGCGGCGGGCGUGAUCUUCGCCACCGGAUGCGUGCACGUGUUGCCGGACGCGUUCAAGCUCCUGACGAGCCCGUGCCUGAGCGAGAACCCUUGGGGGGUGUUCUCCUUCGCGGGUUUCAGUAUCAUGAUCGCAGCCGCUGCGACAAUGCUGGUGGAUCAGUUUGCGAGCAUUCUGUUUAAGAGAAUGCAUUUCGGUAAGGCGAAACCGGUAUGCGAUGAAGAAAAGGUUGGGGAGCAUGAGGGUCACGUGCACGUUCACACGCAUGCUACGCACGGACAUGCGCAUGGCGCUGCGUUCGGGGAUGAGGCUCAACUUCUUCGGCAUCGGGUUAUAUCACAGGUAUUGGAGAUAGGUAUUGUGGUUCACUCGGUCAUAAUUGGCAUAUCUUUGGGCGCUUCUGAAAAUCCAAAGACAAUUAAGCCCCUUGUAGCAGCAUUGAGUUUCCAUCAGUUGUUUGAGGGCAUGGGUCUCGGAGGCUGCAUUUCUCAGGCCAAAUUGAAGGCAACAAGCGUCACGAUAAUGUCCAUUUUCUUCUCCCUAACCACGCCAGUCGGGAUAGCCAUCGGCUUUGCUAUCUCAAACUCAUACAAUGAAAAUAGCCCAACGGCUCUCAUUGUGGAAGGCUUAUUCAACGCUGCUUCUGCCGGAAUACUACUAUACAUGGCUCUCGUUGACCUUAUUGAAGCGGACUUCAAAAGCGCUCGAGUGCUGAACAAUCUAAAACUACUUUUUGCCUGCGAUGUGACACUUCUUCUAGGGAUGGGGUGCAUGUCCCUCUUGGCAAUGUGGGCUUAGACGUAGAAGAUAUAUAACAUUAAUUUUGUUAGGAAUGCCUAUUUUACCGUUACGUUGUUCGAAUCAUAUAGAUAGAGGCUGAUUAUAAUUUUUGACGAUAAAAUGGAAAAUUUUCAAGGUCUUCUGAAUAAAUUUUGCCCUUUUUGGGGGUAGUCCACAAUGAAUUAAAAUGAUGAUUUCUCAA